ACGACAGGUACGUAGGUGACGGUAAGCUCUUAUCUGUAGUAGUCUGCCCCGUAUUUGCGCCCCCUGUCGCUUUCGACGAGGUUUCUCCAUUGCAGAAUUAGCCGCCGACAGAAGAGAAGAACGAUGAGCGCUACGCCGCAGACCAUGGAGACCAUCGGGCAGGGCCAAGCGACCCGGCACGCGCCGAGCGAGCCGCUCUUACCCGCUACCUCGGCCAAGGCGCCGCGCACCGGGUUCGCCCUGAUCGCUCAACCCGGUGUAGACGGGACAACAACGGUUUUCUUGAGCGCUGGGCAGCGUGACGCUGUGCUACGCUUCAAGGCCAAGGCGUUGCACCGGGCAAGCGACGGCGCAACUUUGGUCAAGGACUUUACCGACCACCCCGCUCCCGCGAGCGUGGGUCACGCGCUUUCGACGGCGCUCGAUGAAGCCGUUGCGACUAUCGUCGCCGACGUGGUCCAGCGCACGAAACAAGAGCACUUUUUGAAGACGCGAAAGCUCAUCCGCGAGUACAAGGCGGCCGUGAGCGAGGGGCGGGACACACGAGCCCUUGUCGACGCGAUCGACGAGCCGAUCCACCUCAUCACGGCUGCCGACAUUGUCGUCGAUCACAAAUCCAAGGCUUUUACGUUCCAGCCAUCUGUGUAUUGGACGUUCGACGCAUUCCUGCGCGUGAUCCUCGCGGCCGUCAAGAAAAUUCAAUUCGCCAAGCACCAGCUCAUGAACGAGAUUGACAUUUAAAGCGUGCACGUCACUAAUCAAGUAUGGACGUUGUUCAAUCGA